UUGUAUGUAAAAAUGCGUAUAGAAUGGCACGCGUACUUAAUACAUUAAAUUUACAUCUGUUAUCUCUCUCUACCUGAAUAAUAUCCUUCCUAUCUUAUGGAGAGAUGUAAAAGAAUUGAAAAAUAUGCUUAUGUAUUUUUACAUAUAUUACGCGAAAUUUUAUACCCAUACCAAGUAAAUAUGUAUGUGUGUUUGUUGACAAUUAACCAUACAGCUUGCUAUUUACCAGUACAAGUAUUCGUACUUUAUGAAUUUUGUUAACAAACUGGAUUUUAAAGUUGUUUUGCCACACUACAGAAAAACUAAGAAAGAGAGUCAACUGGUUUAUAAAUUAACAUGCUGGAUACAAUAAAAGUCUUCAAAAGUCGGUAUCGUGGCCAAAGAAAAAUAGUUUGUAGUCAGUGGUCGUACAGUGUAGUAGUACGAAAAUACCAUUUUUAAUUACUAUUUAAAUUUAUUGUGAAUAUAUUUUUUAAAUAAAUACAAAUAUCAAAAUGAAAUAUACGUUUUUGUAUUUAACGUUUGGCACUUUGACGUGCAUCGCAGCGGAAAGUGCAUUCCAAUGUCCCAAACCUGAGGGCGAAUAUCCUGAUGAUGUUCAGUGUGAUAAAUACUAUCAAUGUAAUGAUGGCGUAGCAAAAGAAAAGCUAUGUCCAGAUGGCUUAGUGUUCGAUCCUCUUAAUAGACACAUCAAUAAGUGUGAUCAACCUUUCAAUGUAGAUUGCGGUGACCGAACUGAAUUGCAAGAGCCAAAAUCUUCUAAGUUUUGUCCUCGUAAACACGGAUUUUUCGCACAUCCUGAUUCUUCUGUAUGUGAUAUUUUUUACAAUUGUAUCGAUGGAGAUGCUUUAGAAAUGAAAUGCACUGUUGGAUUACACUUUGAUGAAUUUGGUGGAACUUGUGUUUGGCCAGAUACUGCGAAACGUGAAGGUUGCGAAGCACCACAAAAAAAAUCUCCUACCGGAUUUGUGUGUCCCAAGGAUCGCCCAAAGAAUGAUGAUAAAGGUCAGGUAGUUACUCAUCCGAAGUUCCCCCAUCCUACAGACUGUCAAAAAUUCCAUGUAUGCUUAAAUGGGGAAGAUCCACGCGACCUAGCCUGUCAAUUAGGCGAAGUCUACAAUGAAGAAACGGAGAUGUGUGAUGCUCCUGAAAACGUUCCCGGUUGUGAAGAUUGGUACAAGGAUUCUGAUGACAAAAAAGAAUAACAAUAGAUUUUAUAACACAUACGUAUGGCGAUGUAAAUAUGUACAUUUUAUGUUCUACUCCAAGAACUGUGGUUAUCUACUUUUACCAGACACUAUGUAUAUGAACACUUUUUAAAUUAUGGGCCGAGUUUUUAGAAGUACAAUAUCUGGGGAUAUUGAAUAAAUAAGCCAUAUUUUUUUUAAUCUAGAAAUUCAUAAUUAAAAUAUUAAAUUACUAAGAUCGAAUGGCUUUGCACCCAUUAUUAGGACUGUUUGUUAUAGAAUAUCUACCUGAUUUAAAAUUAAUAUUUUCGACUACAAGAGUGAAUGAAUUUUUUUGCAGUGCAAGUUAUGAGUGAUCAAUAAACUCAGGUAAGGAUGUCAAGAAAACUAUUACAAUUUUGCUCGAAUUUUCAUCAAAAGUUGCAGGCAAAGAUUAAAGGAAUUAUCCCUGAUAAGCAUAUAUCUUCGUAUUAUCCAAUUGGUAGAAAUGGAAGAAACGAUCAUAUUAACGUAAUUAGUAAAAGUAGGAGGACUCAAAAUGUUAAAUUAACUUUCGAGGAUAUCUUUCUAUCUUAGAAUGUCCACCCGGAGUAACCAUUAAAAUGAGAAUUAUAUUAUUUCUCAUUUUUUAAGAAUUAAAUCCGUAUAAGGCGUAUUUAAUCAGUGUUUCUUAUUUAAGGAAUACGCGAACCCACCAUCUCAUGUUGCAUAUAUUAAAAUUCUUAUUGCGUUAUUAGAGUUACAAUGUUUGUAUUUUUGAAGAAAAAAUAAUCUCAAUAUUUUCCAUAUCUACCCCACUACGAAAAUAUUUGGCUUCCAUAAAUUUAGAGUAGGUGAUGAAAUGUAUGCCAUCAAUUCAAUAUAUUAAAUUUCACUUCAUUUUUAUAAAAGAA